UCCAGCCGUGACCAGCUCGCCAAGAUGUCCUCGCCCAUGCUCGGGAACCUUGACAACAACUUCGACAGCCUGGAUCUCACGGAGUACGCCAAGUCGCAGCCCUGGUGGCGCAAGCUGUUCGGUCAGGGUCAGGAGUCUGGACAGUCGCCGGAGAAGUACAGCGUGGCCACCCAGCUGCUCAUCGGCGGUGUGACGGGCUGGUGCACGGGUUUCAUCUUCCAGAAGGUUGGCAAGUUGGCCGCCACAGCUGUGGGAGGUGGCUUUUUCCUGCUGCAGUUUGCCAAUCACACGGGCUACAUCAAAGUGGACUGGCAGCGGGUGGAGAAGGACGUCAAGAAGGCCAGGGAGCAGCUGAGGAUUCGCAAGAGCAAUCAGAUACCCACCGAGGUCAAGAGCAAGGCCGAGGAGGUGGUGUCCUUCGUGAAGAAGAACGUUCUAAUGACCGGAGGGUUCCUGGGAGGUUUUCUGCUCGGCAUGGCAUCCUAG